GUUAACAGCCACAUGUUGCAGCCGUUUGUUUGUGUUGUUGUAAAUAUUGAUUGCAAUACUUUGCAGGAGUUGUCGUCAUUGCAUCUGAUGGAUAUUGGUCACCUCGCACCAACAAUGGGAAGGAAAAGAUUGAAGACAAUUGCCGAACAACAUAUCCAAAUGUCUGACACUAUCGCUGGCUCUUGUCGAAAGCGGCCAGUUGCACCAUUCAUUUGUUACAGCCAGCAACAAUUCAAGGAAAUGCAAGGGCCAGACAACACUCGACGAAAAAUGGACUCGUUGACGAUGUUGGACAGCGAAGGGUUGUUAUCGGCGGAGGAACAAAAACUUCUUCACUAUGUAUUUGACGAUAGCAAAAAUGAAAUGGACAUUGUUGUUUCCAUGAAUCUUCAUGGACGGGCAUGUGAAGUUGGCACCCGGCGUGACAUGCGCACGCUCAAACCAGGGUCGUGGCUAUCCGACACUCCAAUCAACUUGGUGGUGGUGCAAUUGACUAAUCGACAGAGGGAUUUACACAAUGACGGGAGGCACACUGAUUGGUUCUUUCCCGUAUAUCUGUCGACUAUGAUUCUAAAUAAAGAUAUGCAACCUCUGGACCAUGAACAUAUCGUCACAUCAUUUUUCGGACAUGACAGAUACACUGGUGCGAUUGAUGCAUGCCAGAGGAUUUACGUGCCUUUCAAUUACAGAGGAGUGCAUUGGUUGUGCGUUAAAAUUGAUAUGGUGGACCGUGUAGCCUACCUAUUCGACUCAGUCCCAUCCAACCGACCGAACAAAAGGAAGCUAAAUGCAGCUAAAAUUUUGGUUGAAACUAUGCACGACUUGCUGCAACUACACUUUGGAAAUGAUUAUGUUACAGACGUGCGUACCUUCCACCGCUGCAUGUUAGACGAGAGGCCAGUACAACAACUGGACGACACGUUUGACUGUGGGAUGUUCGUCAUCAAAUUCAUGCAGCAACCUGAUUUAAGCCCCGGUCCACACAAGACUUCGCUUCGUCCGCCGCCAAUUUGUCAUCGGUCAGCCAAUCAACGUUCUGCUUGAUAGCGCCGACUUGCCGCUCCAAACUUGACAACCGUGUGUCCACUUCAUUCAGCCUUUCGUAGAUAGCUUGCAACUGCUGGAAUACAGGAGCAACAUGAGCUUCAACAAUAGCUUCAAUCUUGUUCGAAUCGGACAUUUUGUAGGAAUAUGUGUAUGGUUUAUUUUACUGACUACUUUUUUAAAGGAAUGUACAGAUUCAUAAUAUUACACAACACUAUGCUGUAAGUAUUUGUAAUAUAUGGUACAUGACUUGUAUGUUUGCAGAAGACCUCAUGCAU